AAAUGUCAGCCCGUGUAACGUUGAGGUACUGGCCCAGUCUUACUCGUCGGUUCUUGGGUACUGUGAUUGUGAGUGUCUGAGUCGCGAAUGCGACGGUGCGGCGCACGGCCAUUGCUCACCAAACGCUUGCAUGUUGAAAAGAGAAGAGUAGGAACAAGGCGAUACGGGGAGGUGAAGGAUUCUGGAUCUCACUCGCGCUGAGCGUGUGACAGGGUUCUUUGUGACUGAGUAGCAGGAGCGAUGCUCUGUGACCGCGAAGGUAACAAUGGACCCUGACGUGCCUGGCUCCCCGAACGCUCCGAGCCCCAACUCCGCCCUCGCUCCUUCACCCACCACCUCGCUUCACUGUCAUGGCUGCAGACGCAAAUGCAGAUGCCAUCGCAGACUGCGUGCUCCGGGCCUUUGCCCAGCUACCUGAAAAGAGGAAGCCGAGACCCCGCCACGAUGGCGCAAGGGAAUGGGUACCCCUCGCCGGAAUCGUCUUAUCUAAAGGUGGCACUCUGUCAUGCGUAUCAUUAGGAACUGGCAUGAAAUGUCUCCCCUCCAACAAAUUACUCCUCGCACACGGCAACAUCCUCCACGACUGGCACGCCGAAGUCGUAGCGCUCCGAGCCUUCAACCGCUACCUUCUAGACGAAUGCAUCAUCGUCUCGACGCCGCCUUAUCCAACAUCCGACUUCCUUCGACGGUCGUCGCCUGACGAACAUUCCGAAAGUCUACGCCAGCCAUUCACUAUCCGAGAGGAUGUGUCCAUUCACAUCUAUUGCUCUGAAGCUCCCUGUGGAGAUGCCAGUAUGGAACUCACCAUGGCUGCGCAGGACGAUGCAACGCCCUGGACUAGUGCACCACCAACUCUAUCUACCGCAUCUGAUGCAGUUGACCAAGUAGAGUCUUUGGCUCUUCGAGGUCGAUCGAACUUCGCACUUCUAGGCAUUGUCCGCGCAAAGCCUUCGCGACCUGACGCCCCGCCUACGCUGAGCAAAUCUUGCACCGACAAAUUGGCAGUCAGACAAGCUACCUCCUUGCUGUCAUCAACAUCAUCUCUACUAAUUAGUCCUCGGAAUGCUUACUUGGAGACUUUGGUUCUACCAGAUUCUCAAUAUGUACCACAAGCAUGCGAGCGCGCCUUCUCCUCCUCUGGUCGACUCAAGAGUCUCGAUCCAAAGCAUAUCACCAAGUGGAAAGGCGGCUAUCGUUUCCAACCGUUCAAUAUCCUUCCAACAACCCGCGAGUUCACGUGGUCGCGCCGCGCAUUAUCUGCUACCGAAAAAGCGGUGCCUAGUAAUCUCUCCGCUGUAUGGACGCCGGGCUGGCAGGAGACUCUGAUCGGCGGUGUGCUGCAGGGUCGGAAACAACUAGACCCUAGGGGAGCAAGUAGGAUAUGUCGGAAAGGACUAUGGAUGGAAGCUCUUCGGUUAGCCGGAUUACUUGGCGGAGCAGUGGCGGCUAGUGAGGCGCUUCGCAUGAGGAAGUAUGCGGACCUGAAGACGUCUCAAGAGGUGCAUGAGAGGAGCAAAGUCAAAGAUGAUAUACGCAAAGUACUGAAGGGGUGGAUAAGAAACACUGGGGAUGAUCAUUUCUCCCUAGAUGCCCCAACGCCAGCGUCCUAGAAGCAUACUAAGAUAUCGAAUGGAUUUCAGAUAUCUCUAAUACCAUCUGUGCUCUCACGAAACGUGCCCCAUGCACCAGUCCUCGCUCCCCACCGAUCACUCACUAUCUCCAGCACGCUCACCAUCUCAACACCUCGCUUCGUCCCUUUCCCUCCAGAAUUACUGUAGUACACUUUCGCGUCCAUCCUCCGUCUCGGUAACCGACUCACCA